AAGUAAAGGAGGAAGAUCCAAGCAGUUCAGGCCUAUACAUUAAACGAAUAAAUGAAAUUUAUGAAGAGGCGAGUUGUCAGCCAGCUAGGUCUAUAGAAGCCUGUAGAAGACAGAUGAUGGAUUUCUUUGCCCUGAUUAAACCACAAUCUGGUUAGUGAUAGUCUUUGGGAGACAUUUAUUUAACUCCUUUAUAGGCUAUGUAUACUUAUACAGUAUAUCGUUUAUAUUGCUCUUUGUCUUUUGAUCAUUAGCCAUCUAAUCUGCAGAUAAAGGUGACAAUAAAGAUUAAUUUCUAGGAAUUAUGGUCACAAUGAAGCUAUGUACAUUUUAUGAAGGUUACUCUAUAAUGCACUUUCAAAAUCAUGGCAACGUGGCUAUUAUUCUAGAAGACAGACACAUAUUUGUGCCACGUAACUCCCUUUGUGAUAGAGACACUUUCUGUGCACUUGGGCCAUACAUGAAAUCCAGCCUGCUUGUUAAUUUUUCAGAAGCAUUAUUUAUUUAUUGAUCAGGUUAAAACUGUAAUUUAACAAGGAAUGAUUCUCUCUGUUUUGCAGUGUGCACAAUCAUGUCUGCAAAGGGGCAAGUGGGUUACACCUAUGAAUUCCAGGAUGUUUCACACCCAGCGCAAUUCUUAGACUCCAUGUGGGAGUGUUACAUGGAAGGCCUCUUUACAGACGUUACACUACAGUGCAACAAUGGGCAGUUGUUCCACUGUCACAGAGCAGCGCUCGCUGCACGUAGCCCCUUUUUCAAAGUGAUGUUUACAGUAGACAUGCGUGAGAAGACUGAUGGCUUGGUGCGACUGCCAGGCAUAGACAGCGAAGUCCUCGGCAUGCUCAUAGAGUUUAUGUACACCUCCACGGUGAUGAUAACCCAGGGGAACGUGGAGAAGCUCCUGGAGGCUGCGGACAUGCUGCAGGUCAGACCGAUUAAGACUGCAUGCGAGGAGUUCCUGGUGCGUCUUCUGGAUGUAGACAACUGUCUGGGUAUGCAAGCGUUUGCUGAGCACCACGCGUGCUCAAGUUUAGAGCGGGAGGCGCAGAGGAUGGUGCUCUUCCAGUUCGAGGAGCUCGUCGGCCAGGAGGAGUUCUUGGAGGUCAGCCUUGAGCGCCUUCGCUCCAUCCUCUCCACCAAGAACCUCAACGUGAGGAAACAGGAGGUUCUGGUGGACGCGCUGAUCAAAUGGGUCAGCCAUGGAGCCCUGACUCGACUCGGCCUCACCCGGGCCUUGCUUCACUGCAUAAACAUGGACCUGGACGAAAAGAACUUCUUCAGGAACAUCCUAAAGUCCCAAAGGAACUGCUCUAACCUCAGUGGGACAGAACGGAUCCGUUCCGCUCUCAUGUCGUCCCUUCUGCCCGGUUUCACCAGCGCACGUCUCAGCUGCAAGAAGCCCACCGCCAGCAUGUACAUAGUCGGAGGCUACCACUGGCAUCCGCUCUCCGAGGUCCACGUUUGGGACCCACUGUCAAACAUAUGGGCGCAGGGCACAGACAUGCCCGACCACACCCGAGAGAGCUACAGCAUCGCCCAGCUAGGGCCAAGCAUCUAUGUCACGGGGGGCUAUCGGACAGACAAAGUCGAGGCCCUGAACACAGUGUGGGUGUACAAUAGCGACCAUGAUGAGUGGGCACCCGGGUGCCCUAUGUUGGGAGAGCGCUACUACCACUGCUCUGUGGCCAUGCAUGGGUGUGUGUAUGCCAUCGGUGGCUACAGAGGAGGAGCGCCCACUGCUGAGACGGAAUUCUAUGACCCGCUCAAGAAGAAGUGGUUCCCAGUGGCGAAUAUGAUCCAAGGUGUGGGGAAUGCCACAGCAUGUGUCAUACAUGACACCAUUUAUGUAACCGGUGGUCACUAUGGUUACAAAGGAAGCUGCACAUAUGAGAAGGUUCAGAUGUACAAGGCAGAUCUGAAUGAAUGGAGCAUCAUCACCACCUGUCCCCACCCAGAGUACGGCCUCUGCUCAGUCUCGCUGAACAACAGGCUUUACGUGGUAGGAGGCCAGACCACUGUGACAGACUGCUACGACCCAAAAACAGACAAGUGGAUCAAACUCUCAAACAUGAAAGAGAGAAGAAUGGAGUGUGGAGCCGUGGCCAUGAAUGGCUGUGUUUACGUGACUGGUGGUUACUCAUACACCAAAGGCACAUACCUGCACAGCAUGGAGCGGUUCGACCCGGAACAGGCCACCUGGGAGAUUGUGGGUACACUGCCCAGUGCAGCAAGAUCACAUGGAUGCGUUUGUGUUUACAAUCUGUAGCACGGAGUUGUUGCAUAAACCAGGAGAGGAGUAGUAGGGUGUCUUAAAGCACAACAAACUAACAAAAACAAAUGACAUUGCAAAAAAACCCCGAAAUAACAUAAAGGACAUAAAAUCGCACCUGCAACACAAGAAGGGAGACGGAAAAUAAAAACAUCAAGAGAGUGUCCAGUUAAUUGCUUUAAGUACAAAUAUCUGUACGCUCUGAAGCAACAACCUCCACGUCAGCACGUCCCCUGUUUCAUCAUCUGAUCAUCAUCAUUGCAACAGCACUGACCCAAACAGUACACAAGAGUGGUAGGCCCAUGUUUAUUUACAGGAGACGAGAUAUGGCAAGAUAUUUGCUGUAUCAGAGAAGACAGAUGGUGGUGCUGUAUCGUCGGCCCAGGCUGACAGGAGGGUUGUUGUCAGUUUCCAUACAUGAUAGUCGUUUUUUACAUGAUAGUCUGACUGUUAAUAACCAAAUACGUGGGCCAAAUAGAAAGUGGUGUGUGUUGAACGAUGUAAUACGAUACACAUAGAGACUGAAAGGUUAUAACGACAAUGCAAAAUCUCAUCAAUAGAAACCUGUUCUAUUGUAUGGAGGUUUGUGUGUCAACCAAUGGUCUUGGUGUAUACUCAGGGAACAUUUUCACAGCAAACCGCAGAAAAUGUAGAAUACAAUUUCUGUUAUUAUUAUCUAUUAUAUAUUAUUUGUCUCUCAUUUUUUUAUGAUUCAAAGGAUUUAUAUGAUGAACAUUGAAGUCAGGCGUGUUUUCGCAAAUGACAACUGUUACAGUUUCUUUUUAUUUUUUUAAGGGAAAUGUGUUGUGACAUGUAGCUUGAAUUGUAUGUAGCAUCUUGAUGUUUAUUAAUUUAAUGCAUUGAUGUCAUGUUUGAUCUUUGAUGGCAGAGUACAGGCCCUCAAUUUAAUCAGGAUUCAUCCAGGUCAGCUAUUGAAUUGUGUCAUUUUUUAUUUGGAUGAAUGGAAUGUUAUGUUGGUCUGCUGUAGCUCCUUUUCUUAUGUCUCAUGUUAUGGGGUGUGUACAAAUAUUUUCUUGGGUGAAAAA